GCCCUUACAAUACAAUGGCCAAGAUCUUAGAAUAAAAUGGCCAAUUUCAAAACAGUUGCCAAAACCCAAAAGAAAGCCAUUUUACAACCUAACAUGGCCUUUAAGCAGCCCUUACAAUACAAUGGCCAAAACAGUUUGUAAUUUAACUGCUGUAGCUAAUAAAAGGAAAAAAGAACACACUGCUUUUGCUGGAUAAAACAUUGAAAAUUCUAUGAAUAAAACCAAACAGACGGUUGUUCACCUUUUUUUGAAAUCACGGAAUUCCUUGCAUGAGUAGCUGAAAAACAGUUGCGUUGCAUCAAAAGAACUACAAAUACGAACAUCCCCAUCUGUUGAAAAAAUAUGAUAAAAUAGAUGUUAUAAAGAGUAUUAAGAAAUAGGGCUCACUGUCCAUAAAUUUAGGCCUGCAUAGCUGAAUAAUUAGUAUCACUGAACCAGUCCCAACAUACUUAAAAUAAUGAGUUAGCUCAUCAACAUUGUCAUCCCAAAGAGUACACUUAAAUUGCCUUUGACUGCAUAAACAUUAUAAAAUACAAGUAGGUAUUGUAACAAAGCAUCUUACAAUAAACAGAAAAAAAAAAUAGAGAAAGGAAUCAUAUCUAUUAUCUUCAAGAACAAAGUCAAUAAGCUUAGUCUGUUUCCCAGCUUAUAACCUUCUCCACUGGAGAAUAAAUCUCCUUAAGCCAACCAAUCACAUCUGCAUUUUUUAUAAAGCAAAUAGAUCACUUGUAAAAAUUAGUUAUACUGUGGUAUCAUACCAUUUUUUAAAUAAUCCAGAUUCUACAGUGAAAAUACAUCUAAAACAUCUUACCUAUUAGCACUUUUUCUAAUUUCAUAUACCUUUCCUCCAACAAAUAUGUCCUUAUAUUUGCUCACAAUGUCCUUAGGUAUGUGCACGUGAAUGAACAUACCCUAUUUUUAUAACACAAUGAAAACAUCACAAUUAGAUAAGAAGUUUGAUAAAGAAGAAUAAAGAAACAUAGGAUGCUAGUAAAUGAAAGGAAAAUAACCUGUGGAUCAUGAAACACACACUCUUGACUUCUUACAAUUUUCUCUCCUUUGUUUUCAGUGACAAAGUAAUUGCGGACACAUGCAACUUUAUAGCUCUCAAGGACUGCUGAGGGUGAAGCUCCACACCAACAAUAAACUGCCCAGCCAUCCCACAAGUUCAACAAAGAGAACAGCAAGCUGUAAUAUAAUUUGUCGGGGAUGAUGGUAGUGAGCAAAAUAAUGGUGAUGAUUCUCAUAACAUAGAUGAUAUUUGGAUGGAAAUGGCAUUUUUCAUGGAAAUCUCAAAGCUGAUUCCACCAAUGUGUGUCAAGCACUUGGGAAAAUGGUUAGGUGAGAUUGCAACCUUGAGGCGACCGUCAGGUCACGAAUGGAGUGUUCACAUACGUACAGAGAGAGAUGGCACAUUUUUUAGCGACGGUUGGCAGACAUUUUAUGAAGACAAUGAUCUUGACAUUGGUGAACUUGUGUUCUAUACAUAUCUUGGAGGCAUGCACUUUGAUGUUGAAAUUUUUAUCAAAGAUGGACUAGAGAAGGUGUGGGACUGUGGUGUUAUUCAAAAUUCUAAUGAAGAAAGUGAUCAUGAUAAUCCUUCAACCACUCCAGCACAUGCUGAAAGAGCUAUCAUACCAUGAGAUGUUUUCCAACAUGGAAGCCAAUGCAAGACUGUUUUAAGAAAUUUGAAACAAAAAUCUUGGAUAGGGAAAGUUCACUGAAUGAUGGUAUUUAUUAAUGUUUUUACUUUUAUGUUGACAAUUAUUGUAUUCUAGAAUUUUACUCCGGAAUUCUUAUCAAUUAUCUAGAAAAUCUACCUGUUAAGAAUUCUGUAUGACAAGAGGAAAAUUGAGUACAAUUUUAAGGAGUCUAAAUGAGAAAGAAUGUGCUGUCUAA